AGCAGAAGAAGAAGUAGAGGAGGAAGAAGAAGUAGAAGAAAUAGCAGAAGAACAACAACCAGAAACAUUCAAUUUAAGACAGGUUACAGUCCAGAGACUGUCCCACGGAAACCAAAAGUGAUCACCGCUCACAUGCUUGUCAUGUUAGCCUUUGGCUGACCUCCUCAGUGACACAAUGGAGGACGCUGAACCGGUUGCGAUGGCCAUGGGGUCAGAUAGCUCUUCCGUCGGAGAUGCUGUGUCUGGUAGAGGACAGCAGAUUGUGUCAAAUGAAGACGACGAUCUCUAUUACAUCCCUGAGAGAAGACCGUCUCUGGAUCUGGGACAAUGGACAACAAGUCCAAUGGAUACCAGCCACAGGCAUCAUGUGGCCCGGGCCCCAUCUCCAGUUCUGAGCUACACAUCACUGGCAUCUGAGGAGAGCUCAAUAGAAAUGGGUGAUGGAGAUGAAUCUUCCACAAGGAUCCAGCUGGAAAGAUCAGAUUCGUUCUCCAGCUCCUACUCCUUCGACAGUGACGGUUGUGAAAAGAUAAACCUCAAAUCCAAAAGCAAUGAUGAUAUGAUCUCGGGACCUUUUGUCACACCUGAGUUCAUCCAAUCUCAGAGUGAGAGCAACCACCCUUCUCUGACAGUGGCAUUCACCUUUAAGGCAAUCUUUGAUACCCUAGGGAAGUUGUCAACGGGAGCUUUCAAGACUUUCAAGAUGAUGAUGUGGAAGCAUUACCCGCAGACAUUCAACACUCCUCCCCAGGAAAUGGACAUACUGAACCUUGUGGACCGGCUGGUCGAGUGUUACAGCCUGGACGCGUCUUUGCAGAUCACCAAAAUUGUUCUCGGGGAGAUGGGGGAAAAAAAGAUGGUUGAUUGUCUCCAGACUUUAUGUCUCAGACAUGAAGUACGUCAUGACUUAUGUGAGACUCUGAGGAGGAUGUAUGGUGAAGUAUGUGAAGAUAUGGCCAUGCAGGAAGAGAAGAGGCCAUUCGACGACAUCUUCACUGACCUGUACAUAACCUCAACAUGCGAUAACGGCCCAAAUAUUGAACAUGAGGUUAUGAACAUAGAAAAACUGGACAGCAACCGGAAUGAAAAGCAGCGUCUUUCCACGAAGGAUAUUUUUAACUCUGAAAGGCCGGAGUACUCCAACACAAAGCUACUGUUGAUGACUGGUGUGGCAGGGUCGGGGAAGUCAAUGGCGGUCAGAAGGUUAGUCCUGGAUUGGAUUGAAGGGCGCUCCCACCAACACGUGUCUUUUUUGUUUCCUAUGCCGUUCAGGGAACUCAAACAGUUUGAGGAUUCCACGGCCUCCUUUUUGGAAAUAAUACAAAAACUCUACCCAGAAUCUAAAAAACUGAGAGAUGAGGACUACAGAUGCGAGGACUGCAAAAUAAUGUUUGUCUUUGACGGGCUGGACGAGUACAGUGGGAAGCUUGACUUUGAAAACACUAUGCUUCUCAGCGACCACACAGAGCCCACCACCCUGAACGUCAUCGUGGUCAACCUCCUCAGAGGGAGGCUGCUCUACCGCGGCCUCUUCCUGGUCACUUCUCGGCCGCAGGUAAAGCCCUGCAUCCCCUGGGACACGCACUAUGAUGAGAUCGAAGUGCGUGGAUUCUGUGACCCCGAAAGGGAGGAUUACUUUAGGAGGCGAUUUAAGGACCCAGAUCAAUCAGCCAGAGUUAUUGCAUAUAUCAAGUCUCUCAGAACCCUCCGCAUCAUGUGCCACCUGCCCUUGUUCUGCUCACUGGUUGCUGAUGAGGGCUAUCGCAUUUUUAGAGAACAGGGGACAGGGGCAGAGCUCCCCAGGGGCAUCACGUACCUGUACACAAAGCUAGUGCUAGUGCUCACACGCCAGCAUCGCAUAUUGAGAGCACCAGAUUUGAGCCCGGAGGAAGAGAGAGACUUCCUUAUGAAACUUGGAGAGUUGGCCUUCAACAUGUUAGAAGGAGGCCAGUUCAAAAUCACCAGGCCCAACUGGAAACACACUGGAAUCAACGACAAGGAGGCGGUGAUUAACAGUGGCCUGUGCACACAAUAUAUCACAAAGCCACACGUCUUGUUUCAGGAGAAUGUCCUGAGCUUUAUCCAUCCCACCUUGCAGGAGUACCUGGCCGCCCUGUAUGUGUUUCUCUCCUUUAGAAACCAGGGGAAGAACGUUUUGGAGCAGCAACCUAGAGUCAAGCUCAAGAUGUUCAAGGGCCAUAAAGUCAUGGAGCUGUACAAGAGCGCUGUGGACAGAAGCAUGCUCAGUGAGGACGGCAAACUGGACAUUUUCCUACGUUUCCUGUUAGGGAUGGAGCGCAAGCAGAACCUGGAGCUCCUCCAGCCACUCUGCACGUCCUCUGUAAAGUGGCCAACAGUGAUUGAAGAGGCUGCCACCCUCAUCAGGAAGAGGAUCAGAGAAAAUAAGUAUCCUGGCAGAAAUGACAAUUUGCAGCACUGCUUGGAGGAGCUGGGUGUAUGUUAGCAUCAGAGGAAGUAUCAAAAUACUAACUGCACCAAAUCGUCACAGGAGAAAAGAUUUCCCACAUUGUUCUCCCUCCUGAUAAAGAAAAAUGUUUCUCUUCAACCAACAUUUGCACUAAGUUAGUUUGGAAACAUUAAAGAGUCUAAAAGCAACCACAUUGUUAUAAUCAGGUUGACUCAGGACGGAGGCGUAAUUCACGUUUUUAUCAGUGUCGUAUAUACAAGUAGUCGUUCGAGCCUUUGCAUGGACACACAUGCAUUUGUUUACAAGCUGAUGGAAAAGGAACCAGCAACUUUAGAACCAUGUUGACUGACAGAGUAGAGUAAUGAUACAGGAUUGAAAACAAGUGCAUAGUUUUAUUUGUUGGGACAUCUGAGAUGAC